AUGCCUAGGAAAGACGAAGCCCAGAAGUCGGCUGCUCAGGCGUGCUCGGCUGUUAGCAACGAGACCAUACUAGCCGCCGUCAAUAGCCAAAAAGAUGACCUUUCUAAAGUCUACACACUCGUGGAUACUCUCAAGAAAUCACUGGAAGGACGUCUGGACUCCAUUGAAGCCUGUCUAACAACUCUGCAGACAGAGCAUGCCUCCACUCUAGAUUCAGGGAUAUGCCGCUUUGUUCAGGUUGCGGCAAGGAACGUUUAA